GUAGUUCGAGGCGCUGUCGUUCUGUCCUGACCGCCUGACAGAGAAGCUUUAUUUUCUUUCGACAGUGAAAACACCAGCAAAGAACGGAAGCGAAGUAACGGGAAGAAGAACACAGACUGUGCGCUUCUGUUCAGGAACCCGGCAACCAUGGGAGCUGCUCUGGGGACAUUUUCUUUUGCAAGCUGGGUGCCGUGCCUGUGCAGCAGUGCUACGUGCCUGAUGUGUAGCUGCUGUCCGAGCAUCAGAAACUCCACGGUGACCAGGAUCAUCUAUGCCUUUAUAAUGCUGAUAGGCACCAUCGUUGCCUGCAUCAUGCUGUCACCGGGUGUGGAUCGGCAGCUCAAAAGGAUCCCAGGCUUUUGUGAGGAUGGGGCAGGUUCGUCUGUCCGUGGUCUACAGGCGGAUGUCAAGUGUGAGAUGUUUGUGGGGUACCAAGCAGUUUACCGUAUAUGCUUUGGAAUGAGUAUGUGGUUCUUGGGGUUCUCCGUUCUCAUGAUAAACAUAAAGAACAGCAGAGAUCCACGUGCUGCUAUCCACAAUGGAUUUUGGUUCUUUAAGUUUGCUGCCUUGGUGGCAAUUACAGUUGGUGCCUUUUACAUCCCUGAAGGGCCUUUCACCUACAUAUGGUUUGUCAUAGGCUCUGGUGGAGCCUUCUUUUUCAUUCUGAUUCAACUGGUGCUGCUGGUGGACUUUGCCCACUCCUGGAAUGAGUCCUGGGUUGACAAGAUGGAGAAUGGCAACUCCAGAGGCUGGUAUGCAGCUCUACUGGCUGUCACGAUCCUGAACUACAUCCUGUCAUUAACAGCUGUUGUGCUGUUCUUUGUCUUCUACACGAAACCCAAUGAAUGCUUCAUCAACAAAUUCUUCAUCAGCUUCAACAUGUUGCUCUGCAUAGUUGCCUCUGUUGUCUCAGUCCUGCCAAAAGUCCAGGAGUCUCAACCUCAUUCAGGUCUACUACAGUCUUCUUUCAUCACCUUGUACACUGUGUUUCUAACUUGGUCUGCCAUGACCAAUGAGCCUGACCGGGAAUGCAACCCCAGCCUGUUGAGUAUCUUCCAGCAGAUCGCAGCCCCGACCCCGGGCCCUACAGAGACCGAGAACCAGACAGCCACCAUGGCAAUGAUUACCACAAUCACUGGGACAGAAAAACCUGCCUUUACAUCUCCAUACCUGCAGUGGUGGGAUGCUCAGAGCGUUGUGGGCCUCAUUAUAUUUAUCUUGUGCAUCCUGUAUUCCAGCAUUCGUUCAUCCAGCAACAGCCAGGUUAACAAGCUAACUAUGGCAUCCAAAGAUUCAGUCAUCCUCGCUGAGGGGGGCAGCACAGAACUGUCAGAGGAGUCGACAGGGCCCAGACGGGUGGAGGACAAUGAGCGGGACAUGGUCCAGUACAGCUACUCCUUUUUUCAUUUCAUGCUUUUCUUGGCCUCACUUUACAUCAUGAUGACCCUCACUAACUGGUACAGCCCUAAUACAGACUACACCAUAACAAGCAAGUGGCCAGCAGUAUGGGUGAAAAUCACCUCCAGCUGGGUUUGUUUGGCUUUGUACACAUGGACACUGGUGGCCCCCAUGAUCUUCACCAACCGAGAUUUCAGCUGAUCAGCCAGUCUCCACAGCGUGCUCUUAUUUUUUGUCUGUUUUUACAUUAAAUUUGUCAAUAAUGCUACUGUCAAGAUGGACUCAGGUUUUACACUUUUAGAUGGAUUCUGAGUGAGUUGAUUGUGUAUGCUUCCAAAGUGCCCUAACAGUUGCUUCAGAUAAAGAUUUUUUCUGUAGUGAUUUCACACCAGUCACAUCACUAACAAUAGCAAUAUAUUGUUGUAUUUUUGUACUUGGGCAAUUUUCUGGUUAGAGCAAACCUUUUGGAUUUAAGUCAGCUAGAUUUUUCUUUAUCUUCUUCCUCCUUUUUUUUGCUGUAACACCAAUUUAUGGUGAAUGCUUAGUUGAAAAAAAAAUUCUCAACAUCAUGGAGUUACACCUACGACUUACUGUGGAGCUGGGGUGAACUGCAUUCACUACGAAGAGGAUGUAGUUGGCUGUUCAACCUUCAUAUGCCUUAUAUGUCUGAAAAAUGUUAGAAUAUCAGAUAACUAGGGAGUAUGUACAUGAAUGUCGCAGACAUAACUGCAAUAUGACCAAAAUCAGCUCAAGUUCCUGCCAAAUGUAAACGGACCUGCAGGUCCAUCAGACCUGAAGAUGUCAGGUGGUUUAAAAAUAUCCUUAGAACAAAGAGAUACAGGCACACCUCUGAAUAGCCUAGAAUAUCUUUAGUAUUUAUUUUGAUUAUUGUUGUAAGAAUGUGUUUCUGUAAUUUUAAAAAGAUUUAAAUUUUUAAGAAAAGGACUCCAUAACUGAAUAAUUACAGAUGUUUGAGAAUAAAAAAUCUGAGCAUUUGCCUUGUGUUCCAGAUUUACCCAGUGUGGUUAAUAAGUUAUGAAUUCUCUGUAAUGCAUCUGCAGUUUGUGAUUAUACUGACCUACUAUAUAAUCAUUUGCUUUGCUUUGACUCAGAGAUUCAGUGUGCUCAUCUAUGCCACAGACAGGAAAAAAAGCAUUCUGAAAGUCAUCAAGUUAUAAUUGGUUCCACACUUUUUUGUGUUUAAAUGUUAAUAUUUUCCAAGGACCACUGUUUUUUUAUUUUUUUGGCAAAGCUGUGUACUUUGAACCUUUGUUAUAACUCUCAGCAAUGUGCUGUAAAUGAAUAAAGGCACAUCUGGAGC